GCGGUGAAACUACUUGCAUACUGUUGGCUUCGUCUUUGGCGGAGGGCGCAAACACCUUGCAACGGUCGAAAAUAAAUAUAUAUAAAAAACUCAUUGCAUUUGAUGGAGUAGUAAUAGUUUUCUCACUUGUGGUUAGUUACAUUGACAAUUGCACAUUUAGUUGCCUGCUCACAUGUUGCAACGACAACGGUGACAGCAGCAACCACAACCACGACGGCGACAGCAGCAAACAGCGACAGUAUCAAUAAUAAGUUUAAAGUGUUUAUUCUGGGCCGUUAUUUAAUUUUGGAGUGCCGAGGUAACGGUAACAGUUACGCGAAAGUGGACGAGAGUGCAAAAAUGCAGCAUUUUUAUGAUACCUGUAUUAAAUAAUACAUUUGCAUUGGUGAAAGUGUGUUAACUGCUUCUCUUAUGCACGAUCGCAUAGCAGCAAUAAUAUUGAAUUAAGCGGCGGCCAAUGAAACGUGCAGACAGCGACAGCCAACAACAACCAGCAACAGCCAGCAAAAACAACAAACAACAAAUGAAUGCAGAAGAUUGAAAGUGCAUCCAAACAAAAAGUUUAACCCGCUACUGUCCACCAAACAUACACAAAUACACAUACAAAACACAAACACAUACCAACAAACAAAUAAACAAACCCGACCGGAUUUGGAUUUUAUGCUUUGGAAUCAAAUUGUCAUACAAAACAGAGCAACAUGUAUCGAAUAUACAGUCUCUUGAUUGUUAUAUACUCCUGCCAAACUCUGGGUGCAGAUAUUUUAAUGGCCACCAUGGGAGGCACAAAAUCACACAAAAUACCAUUUUGGGAACUUGCUAAAGGAUUAAUAAACAGAGGUCACAACAUAACAUUCUUGAGUGGCUUUCCUGCAGAUUUUCAUAUGGAAGGUUUGAACGAGGUGUCCCCAAUGAAACUUGUUGAGUAUAUACAAAACUACACAAAUUGGGAUCUACUCGGUGCCCGAAUGAAUGGCGAAAUGCCUAUUAAGCCUUGGGAUGGAUUACGUUAUGCUUUCGAGUCAUGUGACGCAAUGUUAAAUGAUGCUGAGACCAAGGACUUGGCGAAUCGCACCUUUGAUCUGGCCAUAUUGGACGGCGCCUUUCCUGAGUGUGUACAGGGUCUGGUAUAUGAGUACGAGAUACCUUUUAUGUACAUCAACACCGUUGGAUUCUACAUGGGUAGUUUGGCCCUUUCCGGCAAUCCCUUAAGUUAUGCUAUCACUCCGAACUUUUACUCUCACUUCACGGACACAAUGACGCUAUACGAGCGAGCCUUGAACACUGGCAUGCAAAUCGGGCAGAAUAUAUUGCACAGCUAUGUUAUGCGACGUACACAUCGUGUGCUGCAAGAUCAUUUGGGUCCGCAUAUUCCGCAUCCCUACGAGAUGGCUCGCAACGUGAGCUUCAUUCUGCAAAAUGGUCACGCUGUUGUCUCAUAUCCGCGUGCCUUGAAUCCUAAUGUGGCUGAGGUGGCCUGCAUACACUGUAAGCCGGCUCGACCAUUGCCAAAGGAUCUGGAAGAAUUCAUUGCAUCCUCAGGCGCAUCGGGUUUCAUUUAUGUGUCAAUGGGAUCAUCCGUAAAAGCUGCAAAUAUGCCCGAAUCACUGCGUCGCAUGCUGGUCAAGACCUUUGCUCGCUUGCCCUACCAUGUGCUGUGGAAGUACGAAGGCAAUGCAGCUGACAUGCAGGACUUAACGCCCAACGUGAAGCUCUCUCGCUGGUUGCCACAACAGGACAUACUCGGACACAGCCAGUUGCGAGCAUUUAUUACGCAUGGCGGAUUGCUAAGCAUGUUUGAGACGGUCUAUCAUGGUGUGCCUGUGGUCACAAUGCCCGUAUUCUGUGAUCACGACGUCAACUCGGCGAAAGCUGAGGUCGAUGGCUAUGCCAUCAAGCUGGAUUUGGAGACACUCUCCACGAAUCAGCUGUACAAAGCGAUCAUGAAGGUCAUACAUGAUCCUCAAUUCCGCAACGCGGCACGCUAUCGCCAAAACCUAUUGCUUGAUCAGCGAUCCACGGCCUUGGACACGGCCAUUUAUUGGACGGAAUACGUUCUGCGACACAAUGGUGCCUAUCAUCUGCAAUCGCCAGCGCGGUACUUGAGCUGGUGGCAAUAUUAUCUCCUGGAUGUGCUUGCCCUCUAUUUACUGGCCAUCUGUGCUAUUGUCCUAAUGCUGAGACGUUUCGAUAUUCGAUCCGAGAAAGUGCGUAGCCAGCAUUAUCAAACACUUCGCGCGGAGACAAAGUCAACCAAGAGCAAGAAAUCGUAACUCCAGCCAAUCUUACCGAACACCAUUUUUUCUUAAAUAUCUUAGAAAUUUUAGAGUAACGGGGUGUGUUCCAUACUUACAUAUAUCACUUUAUCGAAUCUAAGCAUAUGUAAUCCUAUCGACGUGAUAUAGUUUGAAACAGGCUACUCAAUGUUUUAUUUGCUUAUUUCGAUCCCAUUGUCAAUAGAUAGUAGAUAGGCGCAACAUGGGUUAGGAUUAUAAUAUGUGCCUUUUUAUUGUGAGCUAAUAACUGUAAUACAAAAAAACCUAUGAGAUACCGACACCUCUGAACCUCAAGCAUAAAUCAGUUGCAAUUAAU